GGGGGGGAAACUGGGAGGUGUGUCUGUCUCUCUCUCUCUGGCUUUUGCCCCUGCUUAAGAGAUUGCUCUAUUCUCUUCCUUAGAGCCUGUCUGAUCACACGCUUGGCAAAGAUCUCCGGAGCAGGACAGGUCAAAGGCAAAACAGAGGGAUGAGGACUCGCCUGGGCUGUCUGUCUCACAAGUCAGACUCAUGCAGCGACUUCACAGCCAUCCUUCCGGACAAACCAACCCGAGCUCUGAAAAGAUUGUCCACAGAAGAAGCUACCAGAUGGGGAGAUUCGUUUGAUGUUCUCCUGACUCAUAAAUAUGGAGUGGCUGCAUUUCGUGCCUUUCUGAAGACAGAAUUCAGUGAAGAAAACCUGGAGUUCUGGCUGGCAUGCGAGGAAUUCAAGAAGAUACGAUCAACUACCAAACUAGCUACCAAGGCCCACCGGAUUUUUGAAGAAUUUAUUGAUGUGCAAGCACCACGAGAGGUAAACAUAGACUUCCAGACAAGAGAAGCGACAAGAAGGAAUCUAGAAGAACCAUCACCAUCAUGUUUUGACCAAGCCCAAGGGAAAAUUCACAGCCUUAUGGAAAAAGACUCUUAUCCCAGGUUCCUGAGGUCCAAAAUUUAUACAGACCUGUUGUCUCAAACCCAGAGGAGGCUCAGCUAGGGCAGGGAUCAGGAGGAGGUGUGUCCUCCUUAGACACCACACGCUUCUUGCACUAGCCACAUCCAUUUCUAUGUGUGAUGUUAAAUUCAUUUUCUUACAACAGCAAUAGAAGGAGAGGAGAAAUGGAAGAAGCAUGGAGAAAUUGAGUUGUGUACAUGGAUAAAGCAUUUCACAGUAUGAAUCCAGUGCUGUCUUUGGAUCCUCAUCGUUCUAUGUAUGCAUGUCCAUAUUUUAUCUGAAGACCAUGCAUAUGUAUAGCAGUAAAAUCCUUAGUCCAACCCUGAUAAAAGCUUCUAGCAUAUUCCAAUAUAUCUGGACAAAUCAAUGAAAUGAAGUAAAAGUAGGGUUAAGAACAAUGAUCAUAUUGGACUACUUUCUGAAAUGUCGCUGGAAGGAAAGCAUGCAAGAGAAUUAUAGUUGUAUUCAACAUCUCCAACCUGUUUGUUUUGAGGUUGCAGCUUCUGGUAUUUCCAGCAGCCCAAACACAUCCAGUGGGGACUGAACUGGGGAGAGCAAUUUUGAAUGAACAUAAAAUGAUAUUGCCAAUUGUUGUUUCCAAAUAAUUGAAGUUUCAUAUAAUUUUAGUUUAUAGCUAGAGAUAGAAAAACUCACAGACCUCCAGAUGUCUGAGUAUCCUUUUCGAUUGUAACUGCUGGAAGCAGCAUCUGGUGGGUCAUAUGGGAUCAUAUCCCCAUCCCACUUUAUCCUCUGUAUAAAAUAGAAAUGCUGAACUAAUGACAACUGGAUGCGAAAUUCAAUGUCUUCCCAUCAUUAUUUUGAAGAUUACGUUUUUUAGAAAAGAAUUUGUACAAAUGGACACUAGAGAAAAGAGUGUAUAAUUUAAAAUAACUCCUUCACGUUGCCUGAUAGUAAGACUGGUACUGGUAAGGAUUUCCAAAUACAUUUUUCAUAUUUUAGACUAAGGAGCCAAAGGUCUUUCUUCCUGGUCAAAACAUCUGUUUCCUGCACAGAAUGGACCAAGCAACCUUGAUUAACAUGGCUAGUUCUGUUACUGGACAACUUGUCCAAGGUGCUAGAUUUUUUAAAAUGGCAGAUGGGCAUUAGAAGUAACAGAUUACUUUUUGCCCAGGAAGACUUGUUUUGUUAAUAGGAAUUUCUGGGAAUUCCCUUGGGACUGGAUCUAGAACAGCAGUCCCCAAUCUUUGGGGCACCAGGGACUGGUUCCGUGGAUAGAGGUUUUUCCGUGGACCAGAAGAGAUAUGGUUUCUUGUGCUGCCUGCAUCUCAUGGAUGGGGCUUCGCUUGUUUCUGCGACCCGGUUUCUGACAUGCCACGGACCGGUGCCAGUCCACGGACUGGGGGUUGGGGACCCCUGAUCUAGAAUAUUUAGUGAACAAGUAAGACCACAUGACCACAGCUUCCCUCACUUGAUUAUUUCAAAAACCCCAGUUGGGUUGUGGAACAAAAAUUCUGAGUUUUGUUGUGUUUUGCCUCAAGGAAGAGCACUUCUGAGUGUGAAGCUCAGUUUUAUUCCUUUAAGAGCUUCAACUGGAAAAAGGCAAGGUUGCAGAACAUUUCUGAUGAAAAUGAUCAUUUUCUUCACAUUGGGAGAUUGAAUGGCACUGUUUCCCCCACCCCACGGCUGUUAUUUAUUAUUACCAAACAGAUGUUAGUGCUCUGACCCUGUUUCUAGGGAACCUGCUUUGCGGGGGAAAAUAUCCGUCUUUUGAUGAAAUGCCCUAUCUUGAAGCUCUGUUUGCGUGAACGGAUAGAUACUAGACAUCAUGCAGCCCACAUUUCUCUUCCCUUACAGCAGCAUGCCCAAUUAUGUAUGUACAGCAGAUGUUGUAUUUCAUAACUUGAGAUUUGCAGCUUAAAAUAGACUUCACCUAGACAUCUGCUGUGUCAUGAUGUUGUUAGGCUUUGCAAAGAAUAAAUAUUUCACGACAGACUUUGUACUGGAUGUGAUUGCAGGGAGGCAGUUAGGCUUAUUUCUGCUACCCAACAAGACCCAUGUGGGAUAUCAGGUAAAAUGGAAAUAGGAGGGGACAGACUGGAUGAAGCAGAAGCAAUAAAUAUAGGUGAAUUACUGUGUAUGCAUUGGAUUUCCAGUUGUCAUCACCGAAACCAAUCUGCCAAUGUUGCCUGAGAAAAUAUAGCACAUUCCUGAAGCAUUCCUAAAAUUUUAUUUUUCUGCCAGAGGCAAUUUGAAAGCAUUGUUGUCUGGAGCUCUUCCUGAUAAUCACACUGGAUGGAGGCCCAAAAAAAUCCUAAGCCAUUCUAUAUUGGGCUUAGUUUUGGCUUAGCAUUUAAUAAGAACUCAAUCAAUGCAGUCUGAUAACCUUAGUUUAUGACUUAGCAUAGAAUGAAUCCAGUAUGAUUCUCUGCGGUAGAGAAUCUCUACAGUGUAACCCAACAAAACAAAGAUAAGGAAUUGCAAAUAUGAAUGGAGGAGGAGCAGGAGAUGGCUGCUGGGAGUCAAUCUAUUUGCAUUUAUUUCUGGUGUGAGAGUGUAUUCAAAUGUGCCAUAUUAUGCAGUCCCCCCCACAUCUGUAAUAAGAAUACACUUUUUUUAAAAAAAAGAAGAAGAAAAUGAAGUAGAAAACUGAGCCGUAUGAUGGUCCCUUUGUAGAUUUAUGAUUAUAAUUCAGAAGGAAUCAAAUGUGCUGGAUAAAGGAGAGGGAAGAAAAUGGAUUUCCUAGUAGAGACAUUCUAAAAUUAUAGAGUAAGAAUAAUUUAGGAGGUUUCUUAGGGAAUCAAGUGUGGGUUUUCUACAGGGUUUUUGUAUAUAUGGAUAUCAAAUCUUUGGAUUUUGUUCAUGUAACACCUACAAACAAUUAGAGUUUAUUAAGCAAAGGAGAAGUGUAUCUAUGGCCCUUCAAAUGUUUUUUUCCUAGAAUCACAUGAUAGAUACUGGGUUGUAUUGCAACUACCCUCACCUCCUCACUUAGCAAAUGCUUAAAGCAUUCGGAAGCAAGAUUUUAAAUGGAGACUCAUUUAGCAUAUACCAUCGUACAGAAUGGAAAAAUACCGCACAAGCUUGUGCAAGGUCAUAGACUAGUAAACAUUAUUUUGAACCAAUCACACUGGUGAUUGGGAGGCUGCUUCAUAAAUAUUAUUCUUUCUUUCAUGUGGAGUGCUUUGGGUUGCAGUCAUCUAGCCCUUGAACAAAACUAAGGGUCAUUCAUUUUAAUGGUCUUACUUCUAAAUCCCAAGGUUUGCAUAACUUUUCAUUAUGCUGAUAAUAUUUUUCUGAAGAAUCAGUAGAACAUUAGAUGAGCUUUCUAUUGCCUUCUGCCUCUCCUUUAGCCUCUGAAAGCUUAUUCCAUGGUUUAGACUAAAGGAAAGUGAAUCAUUUUUUAAAAAAUAUAAUGAAAGGAAACAUCUGAAAGAAGUAUAAUUAUUUUGGUAACUGCUUUUGUGCAAGGAAAUUUUCUUUCCUGGAAAUAAAAAUAGCCUAAUUAUUUAGAACUUUGUUUUAACGGAAAAAUAGGCAUCCACUGUAAAUAUAACGUGAACAGUGCAGCCUCACUGAUGAAUAGUUUCUUUCUCUGUUAAUAAAUUCAAGGAAAUGGAUGCGGACCAUUAAUUAUUGCAAUAAUAUUCCCUAAAAGAGAGAGAGAUAUGCUUACUUUAACUCUAAUGGACAAUCCUAGGAAAAAGCAUGCUUCUAAGCUCUAGUAGCCUAAAUAUAUUAAACAAAAAUAAUCUGUUGUUUAUUAGUUAAAGGUUUCUGUGCUCCAAAUUCUAGUGUCACAUGGAAGCAAGGGCAGUGGAGAGUACACAUGAUGUUCUCCCAGUUUCUAGAAAUCUCUGUUUUGAAAGGUUCUUAAUUUGUAUGUUGUUUCAGGCUUUUAAGAAACCUUAACAUAAGCAUAAAUACUGCAUGGUGUAGAUAAAGUGAACAGGCAGGUGCUAUUUCCCCCUUCCCAAAAGACUAGAACAAGAGGUUACCCAAUGAAAUUGAAUCCUGGAAGAACCAGGAUAAAUAAAAGGAUUUUUGUUUUACAUAUUUACAAACACAAAUCUUUAGAUAUUAGAAUACACUAUUACAAGAUCCGGUGCUGACUACCAGCUUGAUUGGCUUCAAAACAGGGUUGGACCAUUAAUGGAAGGGAAUUAAUGGCUAUUUGCCUUGAUGAUGGUGUGACUACCUCUGAAGGCCAUUUGAUGGGAGAGCAGUUGACUACCUUUGUGGUUGGUAGGCCACUGUGAGAACAGCGGCUGGACUAGAUGGGCCAAAGUGUAAACCAGCAAGGCAUUGUUUUUGUUGGUUCCAUGUAGAUUCUUGCAACAUGGCUGAUUGGAGUUGAUUUAUCCAAGGAUGGGUCUGUUUGAAGUCAAAUUUAACUCCUUGAAGAUUAGAUGAUUGGGUCCUUUUUGGUGUUUCCAUAAUACAUAGAUGUAUCAAUCUAUAUAUUAGAGUGGGCAGUCAGAACAACAACAAAACCCAACCUGAACUAAAACAGUGACAAACAAUUUCAACACAGUUACCAAGAAAAUUACAUGGAUGUGUCAAUGUGAUUUCUAGGAGUCAAGCUUGACUUAAAGAGAUCUUUUUCAGUUAAAUGAGUUAUGGGAAAUGGCCAGUAUGUUUACUUUAUUCCUAGUUGAGACUUGUGAUAUUACUUCAAUAUACAUGAUUUUGCUGCCAUGUCAGCAAGAACAUAUUGCCGUGCAUGCCUGUGCCCCUGAGAAACAGAAUAAACUGCAGGAUAUCAUCCAUAUUGAUUUUUGGGUUAUUAUUUUAUGUACAAAACAUUUAAAGAGAGGACAUGGAAAACACUAUUUGUACACUCAUAACUAAACUUGUGUAUUUAUUUAGAAAAACGUGUAGGAAUCUAUAUGUCAUAAUGUUCUUAUUAUA